AGUGUGUGUGGUGACGUGGCAUUGCUACGGCAGCACCUCGUGCUACUCACUGUGCUACUCACUAGGUGAUGGAGCACCGAUAGCAGCAGCCCGAUAGUGGAUAGUGGGCUAAUGAGAUUGCGGCAAUGGCCAAUUUGAAAAGUAGUACUGGUUGCUAUGAGUGUCAGAGGUUGUAGUAGUGUACACUGGUGAACAAACAUGGGCCAGCCUCUGGCGGCAGACUCAUUAGUCUGAGCAGCUCUGGAGUGGAACUACUAUGCUCACCACACCACAAACUGUUCUUAGUUGUCAUUAUGAGUGCCCCAUCUUCUAGUGUGUGUGCUUCUUAUCGGGUUUCUUCCAUGUAUGGAAAUGUUCGUCCCCGGGACUUUCCCUGGGAAUUUCCCAGGGAAUUAUAUAGCGGCUAUUGUGAAAUGUAGCCAGCCACGCACUGUUAGUCAUAAACAAUUUAGUUAUAAUUAUAGAUAUGUUCUUUUCGCCUUAUGCAGUCAAUGAUGUUUUUGUCUAUUGUGUACAUGAUAUAAACACUUGUUUUGCGUUUGCAUAUGAUUCUCCUGAGGUGUAAUUGAAUGAGCAGUGCCUCAUGCAGCUAGUAGUAUAUAAAUCACAACAUGGCACUUUAUAAAUAAAUCACUAUUCGAAACACACUCCUAGUGGACUUUGACCUUUACCAACCACUACACUACUUUCAAAAGCUGAACAUAAGAAACAUUGCCACAUAGAGCUGUUAGGGAUUACUGCAUUGAGUCAUGAAUGGUAAUCAAGAGUUUGAUGAGUAUGGUUUCUUGGUUGCAAGUGAUGAAAAUGAUGGAGACCUCUCAGAUGAGAGAUGUCAUGGCUACAGCCCCCAGCCGAGUGAAGAGGUAGCGAGACAGUGGACGGAGACACUGGACUCGUGGGACCAGGACUCCCCACACAAGGUGAGGCAGUUGCUUCGUAAAGGUCUCCCUCGGUCACUGCGCUCCAGAGCAUGGCAACUGUUCCUCGACACUCACACCCUCAGGGCACAGUCUGACUUCAGUUAUCAGGCUAAGCUGAUGGAGUUACAAGCUCAGCUGAGAGCUCUUGGUGUGUCUGAGUACUCCAGUGAACAGGACAUUCGAACACUCAACGGUUACCUGGAGCAACCAUCCGUUGAGAUAGCAUGUCAGGGGGUGGACCUCAAAACUAUCAGGCAAAUCAUGAUGGACAUAGGUCGAUCGUUUCCAUGCCACCGACUGUUUCGGGUUAUAGAGGCCCCUGGCAGACUGUCCCUCCUCCACAUGCUAGCAGUGUACGCUGCAUACAACCCCGCAGUGGGGUACUGUCAAGGUAUGGCUUAUAUUGGUGGACUGCUGCUCAUGAAUAUGGAUGAGGAGGAUGCGUUCUGGGCACUCCUGUCAUUGUGUGAGAGUCCAAAGUAUCUGGCAGGUUAUUACGACGCUUCUAUGAGCAGAUUGCAGACUCACGCUGCUGCGUUUGCACUGGUACUGCAGGAAAAGCUCCCUAACGUUGCCAAGCACUUGGAGGAGCUUGGUAUCCAUCCUCUACUGUACAUGACUUCAUGGUUUAUGUGUUUGCUCACCUCUCUACCUUGUUGGGACACUGUACUAGCCGUCUGUGAUCUACUGUUCUUUGAAGGUAUCAACACAAUCUUCAGAGUUGCACUAGCCAUCAUGAAAGUUUGUGCCCCUGAACUGGUGGCCAUGUACCGGAUAGAACAAGCACUGCCUUUCCUUCAGCACCUUCCAAGCAGACUGGUAUCCCAGGGACACUUACUGCCUGUCCUCUGGCGCACUUCUCUGGAUGAAUCAGAUAUGGUGCAGUACCUGGCCAAGGCACACACCCAGAGAAGCUCUGAGGGGAGGAGUUCACGCAAGAGGUCGGCCCCGACUGACACAAUGGAGGCAGAGACACCACGGGCAACAAAGAGGAGAAAAGGUGUUGAGACGCCAGUUGUGUCCAAGCCAUCACUACUGACUCGUUUCAAGAAUGCUUUCACUCCAGCCAAGACACCCCUCACUGGCCGACAAGCUCCACACAUGCAGACACCUGCUCUGAACGACCUCUCCACUCCAAGCUACCGUUCCUCUAGGAAGAGAAAGCGCAAAUGUCAUGGUGAUGAAAGCUUUGAUCUCUCUUUACACACUCCCUGUAUUCAAGGGUCUGGGGACAUCGAGCUGACUGACUUCAUCGUUAGUAUGGACACACCUCCCAACAAACUAUUUGUCGAUUCCCCAAGGAGCACUAUGUUUCCACUAGAGAGACUCACUCCCCUGAUUGAGAACAACGGUAGCCCACGGUUACAGUCCCCCCUCUGUCAGAGCCCGAGGAGAAGUAUUAGAAUAGCCAAGAGGCGGUCCAUUUGUCAGCAGGUGGCCUCUCCCAGACACCUGCCAUCAGCAGCUGUUCUCUCACCGCUGUCUGUGCGUCCGCUACAGGAUCACUUAUUGACCAGCAAUCACCAUGGAGACCAUCAUGCCUUCAGGAUAUUCACCACACCCACCCCAGCAAGAACACAUUCACAGGUUUUGUGAUGAUUAUAUCUAUAUCGAUCUCCAUAGGCUUGUAUGGGGCUCUCUGUUGGUCCUGACAACACCAGCAAUAGCUGUUGAUUGAUAGUGAAUAACAUUGAAAAACUUUUGAAUGCAUUCAUGACCUGCUAAUCAGAACAUCAUUCCAUUGAGAACCACAAUUCUUGAAAAUUAUUUUAUUUA